AUGACUUCAACGGACGAAUUACUGAUACCACUUCAUGUGAAAUAUAUCCAGACGUUGAAUGAACGUCAAGAUGAACUUGAAUAUUGGCUUACUGAACAUUUACGAUUGAAUGGCAUUUAUUGGGGUUUGACAGCACUUGACUUGAUGAACCAUAUUGAUGCUUUACCAAGACAAGAAGUAAUUGACUAUGUUGCAAGUCUUCAGCAUCAAACAGGAGGCUUUUGCGCACAUACUGAUCAUGACCCACAUAUGACCUGCACACUCUCUGCUAUCCAAGUAUUAAUCACCCUUGACGCUUUGGAUACUAUUGAUGUGGAAAAAGUGAUAACAUAUAUUCAAUCAUUACAAAACGAAGAUGGAUCCUUCAAAGGCGAUGAAUGGGGAGAAGUCGAUAGUCGAUUUUCAUAUAUUGCACUCAGUUGCUUGUCAUUAUUAAAGCGUCUUGAUGCGAUCAACGUAGAAAAGACAGUAGAAUGGAUAUUGAAGUGUAAAAACUAUGAUGGAGGAUUUGGCAGUCGACCUGGAUCCGAAUCUCAUGCGGGUCAGAUCUUUUGCUGUGUGAGUGCAUUGGCAAUAGCAGACGCGCUUCAUCAUGUGGAUACUGAUCUUUUAAGUUGGUGGUUAUGUGAAAGACAGUUGAAGAAUGGCGGAUUGAAUGGACGACCCCAAAAACUUGAGGAUGUAUGUUAUUCCUGGUGGGUUUUAUCGUCACUCUCUACAUUGGGCAAUGUUCACUGGAUUGACAAGGAUAAACUGAUCAAAUUCAUCUUAUCGGCACAAGACCCUGAGAAAGGAGGAAUAGCCGAUAGAGCAGGAGAUAUGACAGAUGUCUUUCAUACCGUCUUUGGUGUCGCAGGCCUUUCUUUGCUUGGUUAUCCUGGUCUAAAACCAGUGGAUCCUAUUUAUUGUAUGCCAAGAUAUGUCCUGGAAAGAAUAGGACUCAGAGAAAGAAACUAA